UUGAGAUAAACAGAUCACUUGUGGAAGCCUAUAAAUGAAGGCCGCUAACAUCAGAACAAAUUAAGGCAAAGGAAACAUAUAUAUCUAGUCAUGGAAGUAGAAAAGACACUACGCAUGAAUGUUGGCCAUGGAGAAUCAAGCUACGCAAGCAACUCAUUGAUUCAGGAAAGUGUGAUAAGGAAAAGUGAGACUGUUUUGCAAGAUACAAUCAAGGGAAUGGUUAAAACUGAAGCGGCCUUCAGCAAAAGCUUCGUACUAGCAGAUAUAGGAUGCGGGCCUGGCACAAAUACACUUUUGCUUGCAUCUAUGGUUAUUGAUAUAGUCCUUGAGCUGCGUAAAGAAAAUGAUCAUAAAGCACCACAAUUUCAAAUCUGCUUAAAUGAUCUUUUUGGAAAUGAUUUCAAUUCCAUUUUCCAAUUGCUACCCAACUUUUAUGCAAACCUUAAGAAGGAGAAGGGAGAAAACAUUGGCUCUUGUUUCGUUUCAGCUAAUCCGGGUUCCUUUUAUGGUAGACUCUUUCCAGAUGAAAGCGUACACCUUGUUCACUCCUCUUGGGCUGUUCAUUGGCUUUCUCAGAUACCUGAAGGCAUUGAAAACAACAAAGAUAAUAUAUACAUGGCGACACCAAGUCCUCCCAAUGUGUUUGAAGCAUAUGAAAAGCAAUUUCAAACCGACUUUAUAAAGUUUCUACAAAUGCGAUCCAAGGAAGUAGUGCAUGGUGGGUGCAUGGUUUUAACAUUUCUUGGUCGUAGCAGUGUUGAUCCAACCACCACUGAAAAUGGUGGUCGUAUUCUUGAGCUACUAUCACAAUCACUACUCGAUAUGGUUAAAGAGGGACUAGUUCAAGAAUCAGAUUUGCACUCAUUCAAUAUCCCAAAUUAUACUCCAUGCGAGGAUGAAGUCAGUAAAGCUGUUCACAAUGAGGGAUCAUUUUCUAUUAAUACCUAUAAUGUUUUUCAAGGUAACUGGGAUCCAAGGGAUACAGACUUUACAAAUGUGAAAGAUUCAGAUGAGAAGAGCCACAUCCAUGCUAAAAACUGCACAACUGCUCUGAGAACUGUUUAUGAAUCGUUGUUGACAUCUCAUUUCGGAAAUUUAUUAAAUAUUGAUGUGCUAUUUCAGAAGUUGACAAUGAAAGUGGCCGAAGAUCUAGCAAACAAAAAAAUCAGACACCUUAACGUAGUCAUUUCAUUGACUAGAAAAUGAGAUAUUCAUGUGUUCAAAUUAUAAGUGUAUUGGUUGUUUUAAACUUUUCGUUAUUGAGAUUGUUGGUAUGUUAUAUUCUGUUGUAAUUGUUGUGUAUUGGCCUUUUGUAAACGUCUACUCCGUUAUCUUGUUGUAUUGUGCCUAUAUAUUACUCUAUCUUAUUUGUUCAAUGGUUUUUAGUUUCA